AAAUCUAUUUUUCUUUUAUCUUCCCCCAAUUCCAUCGAUCCAAACAAAGCAUUAGAAAUUUUCAGCUCAACAUCAGUUGUACCUAAAUUUUACUUGCCUAAAUAAACCCUUAAACCCUAACCUCAGCCAGAGUAGUGGCAAUAGCAGUAAACCCUCGUAGAUUUUCAGCAUUGAAGCUCAAAAUUCGCAGGCGGAACGCUGUACCGGAUUAUUUAUACUACACUCGAUUGCUUGUAUGGUAUAGACAAUGGUUUGGGGUCUGUUUCCUGCCGAUCCUCUCUCAGGGGAAGAUAAAUACUAUAUUUUUACUAAGGGAACAUACAAAGUUGGUCGGAAAGGUUGCGAUGUAAUUAUUAACAAAGACAAAGGAGUUUCCCGAAUCCAUGCGGAGAUAGUUGUUGAUGAAAUGACUUCGUCUAACCCCAUGGAAAGCAAGCAUAGGUGGUCCUCAAGGAUUCGAGUUAGAGACUUUUCUAAGUAUGGCACAUUCAUUAACAAGAAUCUUGGGUCAAUGGAAAAGGUUCAUGAGUUCCCAAAUAAGGAAACUACUUUGAAAGAUGGGGACCUGGUUUCUUUUGGGACUGGUAAUGCAACAUUAAGGUUUACUUUUGUUCCACUCAUUUUCUUUGUCUGCUGCUCUGAGUCGUUUCAAGUCAAUCAAACCCUUGAAGACAAAGUUUCAGCAAUUGGCGCUCAUAUUACUUUUCAGUUGAGUGAAAAGUGCACACAUAUACUUAUUGAUGACCGAAUGCCAGUAAAUGAGGAUGUUGUUGAUGCUAUUGUAGCUAAGAAACCCAUUGUUCUCCAGAGAUGGGUCGAGUUGAUUGCUGAAAAAAGCAUUGGAACGGAGAUUCCUAGCUGGAAUUCCUAUAUUCCGACAUUAACAGUGGAAGGAGUACCAACCAAAGUUGUGGAUUCAGUAACUCGUGCAAAAUGUUUGGAUGGAUACACAUGUCUUCUAGAAUCAACAAACAUGUAUAAGUUCGGGGACAGGUUGCAGUCUUUGCUGGAAGUAAGCGGUGCAAACGUUAUUUUUAUUGAGGAAUUUUGUUCAAAUAGCCAAGGCUUGGGUUGUGGAGAAAAUGUCCAAAUGGUGUGUGUUAUCCCUCAAGGGUCAAAUGACAAGUCUGGUCGUUAUAGCAAACUGAUUUCAUUAUCUAGAGUGAACGAAGUGGAUCUGUUAUGUGCUGUUAUAUCUGGACAUUUAGAUUCAUCUAUAUUGAUAUCACCAGCUGUGCUUGUUUCAUCGUCAUGCUCCACGGAUGAGACAGUAGUAGCUGAUUCUGAUGAGGAAGUGGGAGUGUCAUCAAUUCAUUCCAUUCAUUUCAUUGCUAAUAUCAGUAGUGAAGAAGCCCCUAAAGGUUUGAACACGGUAGAAAUAUCCACUGUUCAUCACCCUCCUAAAUCAGAGGAUAAUCAUGUCAUGAGCUCUAUGGACAAUUAUUGUGGAAUGACAACAAAGAAGGAGAAGGUGGAAGACCCUGAAAGUGCAAAUUCUGGUAUCAUUUAUAGCCAAGGACUAAUUGUUAGGGAUUGGCAUUUGCCUGUGACAACCAGUUCUACUAUAAACGAUAAAAUUUUAAACUUCAAGCGCUUCAAAAAGUUGUUGUGCCAAGUUCAUGUCCUACCUUUUUUCCUUUUACAGAAAAACACUCAAUCAGGGAAUAGUUUCAAUAACCUGAUUCCGUUCUCAAAAUACCCAUACAAAGAUUCUGACUACGGGAAUCAAGAGAUGAUCGACUCUAUGAAAGAAGAAAAAAAGCGGAAGCAAAUGGAAGCUAUUGCAGAGGAUUUAUUCAACAAUGAAAAGGGAAGACGGAGGGGGGCAGCUGGUUCUCUUCAUUCCCUUCUUUCUCAUGGUUAAAAAAAUUAAAACAAUGGCGACAGGGAUAUUGUUGAUCAUCUGGGAAUUACGGUCUGUGUUUUGCCUCUCCAUUUGUUGAUUCAGCUGGCAUUGGAAGUGAGGUUUAACUGUUGUGAGUUCCUGGUGGGGAGUGAAGGGGUAUCUUUAAUUGCAUGGAAGGUGGCUCCUCAGAUGUACAUAUGGCUCAAUAGGAUUAGUGUGCAGAAUGUUGAAAGAUUUUAGUGGGGUAUGAUCGGUAUGAUCAGUUAAUGUAUUUUGAGACGUUUGUAUGGUCAAGCAUGGCUUCACUCAUUUUUCUUCCCCCCCCCCCCCCGCCCCGUAUGGACAACAGCCAUGUCUUACUAUUUUGGAAGUAGGGUAGGUUCAUUUUUUGAAUUGAUACCGAUUGUGCUAUUUCCAAAAACUAACUCAACGCCAACUAUUUUCGCAAUUUGGAACAAGGUAAUUCUAAAUGGAAGUUGCAAAUUAUAUUUUGUGCUUUA